CCUCAGCACUCGCGUGCCGCUGGAACAUCGCUCGCCGCCGCCCACGUCCUGCCCAGCACCGGCUCCAGUGUGUCACCAAGGAACGUGCUCGAGCGGCUGCCACAUUCGCCUGCCUUUCCUGUGCGCCUGCGCAUGACGGGCCAGUCGUAGACCAUCCCCGCCUGCGCCCUUCCGAGACGAGCAUCCAGCGCUGAAACCUGCGCUCACCGCCGUGGUUGAUGACGGACGAGGCCCAGAGACCCAAUGGAUCCGCCGCCUCUAGUAUGACAGCGUCCAGGCGCGUGGAUCAGGGGAACGGCGCCGACAGCGCCAAAGCACCCAAGAGCAGUUCGCCGUCGAAAGACAAGGGCCCCGCGUCCGGCUCCGAGGCGCCGACGAGAACUCCAAAGAAGCGUAGAAAGGUCAAUCAUGCGUGCAUCUACUGCAGACGUUCGCAUAUGACAUGCGACCUCGAGCGGCCGUGUACGCGGUGUAUCAAGCGAAAUAUUGGACACCUCUGCCACGAUGAACCUCGAGACGGCGUCAAGAAGUCCAAGUCCGAGCCUGAGAACGCCAAUGGCGACGACGACGGCUCCAAGCACGAGGCAACGCCCCCCGAGGUCCCUGUAAAUGCUAUCAACCAACCCACUACUGCUCCAGAUGCAGGGCUCAACCUGGCGCCACCUCCUCUGCCUCCUAACAGAGGUGCCAACGCAGCAUCGAUCGCCCAGCCCACGCCCGUAUCUGCGCCACAGCUGCCCUCCCUGACCGCUCAUAACUCGUCUCUUUUGAGCCUCAAUGACUGGCCUUCGUCAUCCCAUAAUAACUUUCAUGAUAUGCACCACUUCCACCCGUCCUAUAUGUUCAGCACGUCCGAAGUUAGCAACGAGUAUAAUCUGCUCAACGACUUCCUCAACAACAGCCUCAUGGAUGACGGCUCCUUUUACGGCGGUGGUGAUUUCCACCAACUAUUCUCCGAUGCCUCUUUGAUGCACCCUAUGGGUAGCCUUACGAACAACACGCCCUACAACCCGAACGCCUCCGGUAGCGCUCAGUUGCUGCCGCCACCCGCCCAAGUUGCCGCAGGCAACGCUAUUCAGAGGCCGUCGAGCGGCUUUCCCAUGGACAAAGCCCGAGAGAAAUACUAUAUGACGGCUGCGGACCCCGCAGGCACAGAUAGCCCCGAGGAGCGAAUGAACAAGUUGCUCAAAGCCAAGAUGGACGCUGGGCUGCUGAAGCCGUUCAACUACGUGAAAGGCUACGCUCGGCUGAAUCAGUACAUGGAGCAGAACCUACAGCAGAUCUCACGCGUCAGGAUCCUGCGGCAAUUGGACCGCUUCAGGCCAAAAUUCCGUGAGCGGAUGCAGUCGUUGUCCGACAUGGACCUCGUCCGUAUUGAGAUGUGGUUCGAUAAGAGCCUCAUGGAGUACGACCGUAUCUUCGCAAGCAUGGCCAUUCCGGCCUGUUGCUGGCGGAGAACGGGGGAGAUAUACAGAGGGAACAAAGAGAUGGCGCGCCUCAUCCACGUGCCUAUGUCGAAGUUGCGAGAUGGUAACAUUGCUCUCCAUGAGAUCAUCGCCGAACCCUCAUUAGUGUCAUACUGGGAGAAAUUCGGCGCCAUCGCUUUCGACUCCAGUCAAAAGGCCAUCCUGACCAGUUGUUCGCUCAAAAAUCCCGAUCCUAAUUCGAAGGAUCCCGAGAUAAGAUGCUGCUUCUCCUUCACGGUCAAGCGAGACAUGCACAAUAUCCCUGCUUUGAUCGUCGGCAAUUUCCUCCCCAUCACGGAGCCCAUAUCCAACUCAUGAAAUUGGAUCAGUGUGCGUGUAGUCGCGUGAACCACACAUGUGCGGUGUUUGUACUGUACUAAUAUACAACUGGGCGAACGAUCUGACGUGUUAUGCGGCAUGUACAAAACUGGUGCAUCAGAAAAGGAAUGAAUGGGCUGAGUGGAUGUUUCCUACAUUGCUAUGCGGUUCUUCUACUUCACAAUCACUCAGGCAGACGAUAAAUUUUGGAAAUCUGCCCCAGCCUGUAUCGUGUACCUGGGUCAGGAUAUCUGCUCCCAG